AUGUUCAGGUGUUUCAGGUGCCUUCAGGUGUUUCAGGUGCCUUCUGCUAGCCUUCAGGUUCUCAGAUUGCCUCCUUGUUCUCCUCUCCUCUACCUCACCUCUGGCUCAUCUCAUCCUACCCCUUUGCUUGCCUGUGAUGUUCCCUCUCGUCCUCCACUCAUAGAACUUCUGGGGCAGAACAGGCGAGAGCUGAAGGGGCAGGUGGCAGAGGGGCUGCAGGAGCAGAACAGGCGAGAGCUGAAGGGGCAGGUGGCAGAGGGGGUGGAGAAGAUGGGGUUAGAGAUGCUGCAGACGAAGCAGGACAAGCUUCUGGAGCAGAGCAGGAGAGAUUUGAAGGGGCAGGUAGCAGAGGGGGUGGAGAAGAUGGGGUUAGAGAUGCUGCAGACGAAGCAGGUCAGUGCGCGGGCCGCUGCUGACGUGGCGGACUGGUGGCAGCACGAGCAGGGCAGGCUGAAAGCCAUGAGCCAGGACGUCGGGCAGCUGAAAGAUAUUGUCGGGCAGCACGCAAGGAAGCUGGAGGCCCAAGUGCGAGCGGUGCAGGUGGGUUGCCAUGGGCUGGGAGAAUUUGUGGGACGGCCGUCCACCUCGCUCGAAAAGAUUUUGGAGUCUGCUUUAGAGGCGCCUAUAAUGAGCACCUCCCUUCCUUUUUCCUCCCCUCACUGCCUUGCAAGAACUCAGGAAGCCUCUGGAAGCAGCGGGGAGCAACAGAGAGCCGGCAAGGAUGGUUUCCCCUUGUUCGAUGGGGGGGAUAAAGAGGGCGACGAGGAUGGGGAGUCAGCAAAGCAGGAGCAGCGGCAGAAGCAGCGGUAUGAGUCGUUGAAGCACUUGUGGGUGGCGGAUGACCGCCCUGCUCUCUGGCAGCAACGAGCCUUCCAGCGCCACGGGUCGUUUGGUUUUAUAAAGUUCAGUGCCUACCGAGUGAAUGCAUCCACAGUGGCAGUGCUAGGGCUAGCGUCCCUCCCCAUGCACCAUGGCCGCCGCUUCUCCUCCUGCCGCUGGCACGCCUCCUCCCCUGCUGCUGCUGGGAGGGUUGACUAUGGGGGAGCUGCUGGUGCUGGUGGUGCUGCUGGUGCUGGUGCUGGUGGGGGUGGUGGGGGUGGUGGGGGUGGUGGGGGUGGUGGGGGUGGUGGGGGUGGUGGGGGUGGUGGGGGUGGUGGGGGUGGUGGGGGUGGUGGGGGUGGUGGGGGUGGUGGGGGUGGUGGGGGUGGUGGGGGUGGUGGGGGUGGUGGGGGUGGUGGGGGUGUGACCGAAGGCAAGCUUGUGCCUCUCUAUGUGGAGGAGCAUCAUGAUUAUCUGUACGAGGCAGUGGUGCUGCUGUGUGUGCUGGACGCGCCUUCAGCAGCGUCAGGGGGCGUGUUGGAGGCGGAGGUCGAUGGCGAGGUGCUCUUCCCCUUCGUGGAGCAGCCGGGACAGGUGAGGGCAGGUGGGGUGAAGAUAGCCCCAGGGCGCUCACCAAUGUUUCACCACCUGCUUCAUGCCCACACACCCAACCCCUUCCCCAAUCCACAGCCCAUGCAAGACCCAUCAACCUUUCCAGCCAACAUAGUUCUCUGUGGGCCGCCCAUGUUCGGAGCCAUCAGCCCCAGGGCGCUCACCGAGUGGCUGCAAUUCCACCCUCUCACCCCCUCGCACCCCUCUGUGUUGUUCCACCUGCUGCAUGCUCCCACUCCCACUCGUCAGCCCAUGGAGGACCCGUCAACUUUCCCUGCCAACAUCCCCAUGGAGGAUCCAUCAACCUUCCCAGCCAACAUAGUUCUCUGCGGGCCGCCCAUGUUCGGCGCCAUCAGCCCCCGGGCGCUCACCGAGUGGCUGCACUUCCACCGCCUGCUGCUGCCGGUGGACCGUUUUGUCCUUUAUGACGCGGGCGGCGUGGCCAACCACGCUGACGUCAGCGGCGCGGUGGAGCCGUGGGUGCGAGCGGGGGUGGUGGAGGUGGUGGGAUUCGAGGAGUCAACACAGAGUGUAGGAGUGGGUGCAGCCGUGGGUGCAGCCGUGGGUGCAGGCGUGGGUGCAGCCGUGGGUGCAGGCGUGGGUGCAGCCGUGGGUGCAGCCGUGGGUGCAGCCGUGGGUGCAGCCGUGGGUGCAGCCGUGGGUGCAGGCGUCGGUGCGGGCGGGGGUGGUGGAGGUCGUAAGGCCCUCUCAAACCACGACUGUCUGUACGGCAACCGCCACAACGCCCGCUGGCUGCUCUUCGCCUACUUGACGCUCACUACUCUCUAUCCCUCCCCACCCUCGCCAACUCCUACUCAGGCCCUCUCAACGCACGACUGUCUGUACAGCAAUCGCCACGGGGCGCGGUGGCUGCUCUUUGCCGACCUGGACGAGUUUGUCGAGGUGCUGCCGCCCGCCACGCUGCAGCAGCUGCUACAAGACAACGCCGGCCGCCCGUGGAUCACGUUCGGGUGCACCGUCUUCAACAGCUCGUUCUGCCGCCCGCAGGAUCCAUGGCAGGGCGGCACAACCAGGAGGAGAAGGAGGAGGUUGCUACAGGGAGGAGGGGAACAGGGAGGGGAAGGGGAAGGAGGAGAAGGAGGGGAACAGGGAGGGGAAGGAGGAGGAGAAGGAGGGGAACAGGGAGGGGAAGGGGGAAGAGGGGGAGGAGGGGAUUGGGGUUCUAGCGGCAUGGUUUCCUCCCGUCCAUUCAUAGUGGAGGGGGUGAGGUACCGGUGGCCACACGCCUACUGCAUGAACACCUCCCUCUACCCGGACCACCUCUGUCUCGACCAGUUCGGCCACCGCAAAUACAUCCUCAACCCACGCCGCGUCUCCCUCGCCCAGAUCCACGUGAUCAUCGGCGGCGAUAUGGACGGCCUGGAUCUGCCGACAGACGUGGCGAGAUUCGCGCACUACAGAGGGCUGACGACACGCGGGUACCCCAUGUGCGACCUGGGUGCGCCCAGCCGCUGGUGGCGUUACCACGAUGGGGUGGCGAGAAUGGCCCAGGCUGCCCGCUCCUGCCCUGCUCUUGUCGCUCCAGUCCCUGAGGCUGCUCGCUCCUGCCCUGCUCUUGUUGCUCCAGCUCUUGAGGCAGACAGGGCGGGGAAUGUUGAGUCGACUCAAAUGUCAUCUUACCGAGUGUGUGGUGUGGUGGCGGCACUACGGGCUGCACAGCGCAGGCUCUUGCGAGAAGCAUUGCAUCGUCGUGACACGAUGGGCUAA